AUGCGUACAAUCGAAGGGUUCAUCAAUGUCUCAAUGCCACAGGCAAAAGCGGAACCGCCCCUGAGCAUCCUCAUUUGCCCAUCAGGAUUCAAGGAGAGUCUUGAUACACUUGCUGUCGCCGAUUGCAUCGAAAAUGGGGUCAAGCGCGUCCUCCCAGACGCAAUCGUACGGAAAGUCCCGUUAUUCGACGGAGGGGAGGGAUUCGCCCAUGCAUUGGCUACCACGACUGGUGGAGAACUUCGGCAGUUGGAAGUCACUGGCCCAAUUCGGGUUCCUCUCAUCUCCCACUAUGGGAUCCUUGGAGGCGGCCGCUCGAAAAAAACAGCUGUUGUAGAAAUGGCUUCUGCCGCCGGAUUGCGCCUGGUCCCCAAAGACUCCCGUGACCCGACGAUCACAACCACUUAUGGAGUCGGUGAGCUGAUGCGCGCGGCGUUAGAUGAGGGAGUAGAGCGACUCAUCAUCGGAUGUGGCGACUCAGGGACCAAUGAUGGAGGCGCUGGCAUGCUCCAAGCAUUGGGCGCACGUUUCCUUGAUGCCCACGGUAAUGAGCUUGCACCGGCAAGCGGCGGGGUAGCACUGUGCACAGUUGCAGAGAUAAACCUUUCCGGCCUCCAUCCUCGGCUAAAACAGGUUGAUAUCGAAGCCGCAUGCAACUGCCAGAACAUCCUGUGCGGCCCUAAGGGUGUUGCACGCGUAUACGGGCCGCAGAAGGGCGCAACACCCGCAAAGGUCGAACUCCUCGACACCGCACUAAAUGCCUACGCUUCCGUCGUCAGCAGGAAACUAGGAUACGACAUAUCCACCGCACCUGGCACCGGAGCUUCUGGCGGUAUGGGGACCGGUCUCCUGCUUCUGGGUGCAAAGUUACGGCCCCGUUACGAGGCUGUGGCAGAAUACUUCGGCAUCAACGACGACCUAUUUAGAAACUGCCAACUGGUCUUCACUGCGGAGGGGCGGCUUGACUCUCAGACUCCGCUGGGCAAGAUCCCCGCAGAGGUUGCUUUGCGCGCGAAGAAACAUGGGCUGCCAGUCAUUGCGCUUGCUGGAACUGUGGGGCCCGAUGCUGCGGCGAAUUAUUCGAUUGGCAUCGACGCCUUUGCCAGCAUAAUGCAAGGGCCAAUCUCUCUUGAGGCCGCCAUUGCAGAUGCAGGGCGGCUUCUGACGGAUGCAGCGGAGAGUGUGAUGCGUCUGUUGAUGUUGGGCCAGUCACUUCGGGUGCGAGAGAGCGUUGUUAGUGGUGUGCUGGUGCAGCCACGGACGUACCUGGGCUACUUUAGCGGUUUCAAUCCACUUUGUUUUAUAUCCCUGCUCAAGUCGGUAUUCAUGUUCAUGACGAUACGAGAAAAGCAAUGCGAUGUCUGA